CCAGGAUACUCAAGGAGGCCAUCCACAGUUCAGGUUGAUUGACGACCUGUCAUAUGAAGAUGUGAAGAAAUGCUACAGGGGUUCGUGGGGUCCGCCACGCCGUCGAUGUGUGUGUGUGUGUGUGUGCGGCUGUGUGUGCGGCUCCAGCAUGCUGAGUCUGGUGCAGCAGAGCUCUCGUCCUCUGAGAGAGAGGGCGGCCGCCGGUUUGCCGGUGGAAGGGAGGCCAGCCAAGGAACUGCUCAUGACUCUGCCCUGUCCCUCUGCUCAGACUGUCAGCAAGUACAACUCGCAGUACCACAAACUCUUCCAGUGCGUUCCGAAGGACGAGAUCCUGAUGAAAGUAUACUCCUGCGCUCUGCUCCGAGACAUCCUGCUGCAAGGACGUCUUUAUAUCUCCAGGAACUGGCUGUGUUUCUAUGCCAACCUCUUUGGCAAGGACAUCAAGGUUGCUAUCCCCGUGGUCUCUGUGAGGCUGGUAAAGAAGCACAAAACAGCAGGUCUGGUGCCCAACGGCCUCGCCAUCACCACAGAUACCAGUCAGAAGUAUGUCUUUGUGUCUCUGCUGUCCAGGGACAGUGUGUAUGAUGUGCUCCGGAGGAUCUGCACACACCUUCAGGUCAAUGGGAAGAGUCUGAGCUUGAAACACUACAUGGAGGUUCCCCAUACCUUAUCUCUGGAUGAGUUCCCGGUGGCGGAUGAGUUCCCGGGGGCGGAUGAGUAUCCUCCGGUGCUGAAGUGGAGGAGAAAACCCUCUGUGGUGUCCGUGUCCUCGUCCCUCCCUGACCUCCUGGGUAGCUCCACCGGUAGCCUGACUGCGGUGGACUCCUCCUUCCAGACAGAACAGCCUCUGGAAGACCGGGGCUCAGAGACAGAGAAGAUCCUACUAACAGAGCCUGUUCCAGAGCUGGGCCCGAUGGAGUAUCAGCUUCUCAAGUUCUUCAUCAUACUAAUCAUCCUCCUCAUCCUGUCUUCCUGUUACCUGGCCUUCCGUGUCUGCAGCCUGGAGCACCAGCUGUCCUUCCUCAACAACCCAACACGCCCCCCCCGAGAGAGGAUUUUACUUCACUGUAGACUAGAAGAGGGCAAACCCCCAACUCCACCAUUUUGUUGUAGGUCAGAGACAAUGGCAGGUGAAAGACAAUGGCAGGUGAAAGACAAUGGGCAGGCCGAUUGAAGAGCCAGAAAACUACACUCAAACCAAUUGUGGAUGGACUGAAAAGCCAGAGAUUGGUGGAAAUGGCUGGGAGUCAGGACUGGGAAGGACUCUGAUUGGUGGAGGGAUAGGUGGAAAUGGUUGGGAGUCAGGACUGGGAAGGACUCUGAUUGGUGGAGGGAUUGGUGGAAAUGGUUGGGAGUCAGGACUGGGAAGGACUCUGAUUGGUGGAAAUGGCUGGGAGUCAGGACUGGGAAGGACUCUGAUUGGUGGAGGGAUUGGUGGAAAUGGCUGGGAAGGACUCUGAUUGGUGGAGGGAUUGGUGGAAAUGGUUGGGAGUCAGGACUGGCAAGGACUCUGAUUGGUGGAGGGAUUGGUCUGAUGGUUUUAAUGGAAGAUUUCUGGACAUGUUCGCCAACAUUAGAGUCAACUGUGUUUUUUCCCUCCUGUCAACUCAACCAGGAAUGAACUACAGGACUUCAGAGAAAAGUCAAAACCAGUCAUCUUUCAGAAAUAUAUAUAUAUAUAUGUGGUACUUUCAAGGAAAGGAUUUGGAUGCAUUAACACACUGACAGUGGAAGAAGCCAAUAUCGUUGGCUUUACAGAAUUUAAAUUUAACUUAUUUUUUUUAUAUUUUUUUUAUUUUACUAGGCAAGUCAGUUAAGAACAAAUUCUUAUUUUCAAUGACGGCCUAGGAACAGUGGGUCAACUGCCUGUUCAGGGGCAGAACGACAGAUUUUUUACCUUGUCAGCUGGGGAAUUUGAACUUGCAACCUUCUGGUUACUAGUCCAACGCUCUAACCACUAGGCUACCCUGCCGCCUAGUGGUUAGGAUCAGUCUACUAUUUCAAAUGUUCAUCGUCAUCAAUGAAGUCUAACUAUGAUGCCAUUCUAACAGGCAUGUUAUUCCUGGAAACCGGUGCAAUACAAUUAUGCAAAAUAUCCAGCCUAGACUGACUUUUUAAAUGUUGAAAUAUUGUCCUUUAACUCUGUUUGUGUUAUCAUGACACCACAGGUAUAUGUUUACCAUAAUGGGUAGGAUGGUACUUUUUCAUGUCUGAAAAAUAUAGUUUAGUAUAACAUCUUGUCUUUUGUUUUAAUUUGUAUAAAUGCCAGUUGUCAGCUUUGUAUUGUAAGCUACCUUUAGCCAGACACAAUGUGUCACAGUGAGUGAUCAGUCUCCUAUCUAAAUACUGAACACAGUCGUCUGAAUGACUAAACAAUGAAGACAUGGACUGAAGUGAACUUAAAGUGAACAGAUUCAACUUAAAAGUUCAAUCUGCAUUUCAGUCGGGAAGAAAACUAGCCAAAGAUUUAUAGUCAUUUUACUCAAUGUCUGAACAGAUGCAUUAAGAACAAACACACC